ACCUCAUUCCCUCUUAGCGUCCCACUCAUCUAAAGCCAUGCUCUCUCUCCCUCACUCCCUCCUUCUCCUCCUCUCCGUCCAUCUCUCCGUCCAGCAGUUCCCGCGUCCCUGCACCACUCCAGAGGCUCUGACAUCUCGGCUCUGCUGCCCACAGUGGCCGGGUGAUGGCUCCGCCUGUGGUGCCCGCUCCGGCCGUGGCUUCUGCCAACAAGUCACGGUUUCUGACCUUCCGGAUGGUCCUCAGUACCCUCACUCUGGAAUGGACGACCGGGAGCGCUGGCCGCUGGCGUUUUACAAUUGGACCUGCCAGUGUGCUGGGAACUUCAUGGGCUAUGACUGCAGUGAGUGUAAGUUUGGCUACUUCGGUCCGACCUGCGCUGAAAGGCGGGAAUCGGUGCGCAGGAACAUCUUCAGCUUAUCAGUUACAGAAAGGCAGCGGUUCAUUUCUUACCUGAAUUUGGCAAAGAACACCAUCAGCUCAGAUUACGUAAUUGCAACAGCAACAAGAGCCCAAAUGGACGGCGCUAAUGGUACCGUUACUCCCAUGUUCUCAAAUGUCAGCGUUUAUGACCUCUUCGUGUGGAUGCACUACUAUGUGUCCAGGGACACGCUGCUAGGUGGGCCAGGAAACAUUUGGCAGGACGUCGAUUUUGCCCAUGAAGCAGCCGCCUUCCUGCCCUGGCACCGAGUCUUCCUGCUCUUUUGGGAGCAUGAGAUACGCAAGCUGACCGGAGAUUUCAACUUCACAAUCCCUUACUGGGACUGGCGCGAUGCCACAGACUGCCAGGUGUGUACAGAUGAGCUGAUGGGGGCACAAAGCCCGCUAGACCCAAACCUCAUCAGCCCAGCCUCUGUCUUCUCUUCAUGGAAGGUGAUCUGUACUCUGCCUGAGAUCUACAAUGCUCGGGAGACUGUGUGUGAUGGAGCAGGUGAGGGUCCGCUGCUCCGUAACCCAGGCAACCAUGACCCAAACCGGGUCCGUCGCCUGCCAACCUCUGCUGACGUGGAGUUUGUUCUGGGUCUGACCGAUUAUGAGACUGGGUCAUUGGACCGGCGCGCUAACAUGAGCUUCAGGAACACACUGGAGGGUUUUGCGAGCCCAGAGACAGGGAUGGCAGUGCCAGGUCAGAGCACAAUGCACAACGCCCUGCAUGUGUUUAUGAAUGGCUCCAUGUCUUCAGUACAGGGAUCAGCUAACGACCCCAUAUUCCUCCUGCACCAUGCUUUCAUAGACAGUAUAUUUGAGCGCUGGCUGAGGAAGCAUCAACCCCCCCGCACUCUCUAUCCAGAAAGCAAAGCUCCCAUUGGACACAACGACGGAUACUACAUGGUGCCUUUCAUUCCCCUCUACAGGAAUGGCGACUACUUCCUGGGAACAAAAGUUUUGGGAUAUGAAUACGCCUACCUACUGGACCCCAGUCAGCGGUUCAUGCAGGAGUUUCUGACUCCAUACCUGCAGCAUGUGCAGCAGAUCUGGCCAUGGUUGGUGGGGGCCGGCGUGCUGGGGGCUGUCCUCGCAGCCAUCAUCACCACCCUCAUCAUCUUCACCUGCUACAGAGGAGCGAAGAACCAGAAACGAUCACCCUAUGGAGAGAGACAGCCACUACUGCACAGCAGUGACGAGGAGGCUACAGCGUCAUACCAGACUACACUGUGAACACACACACAGGUGUAUAUCAGGGAGGUCAGUCAGAGCUGCAGGACGCCAAGCUGCUCUCCACCAGCCUGUCCAGAAGAGGUUACAACACCUCCUGUAGGCCAAAAAAGAGCAGAGAGCCCACCCACCUGAAUCCCCCAAACUCCAUGCAGCCAACAAGAGCAAAAGACUGGUGCUUUCAUUGCAUUGAUCGCUGUACUGUACAUCAAUCUCAUUUAUUCUGUUCUGGAGUUAAAUGGACGUUUAUAAAAUGAAUUAAAUCAUAUUAAUAUAUCUUGAUUAAAUGUAUAUGUGUGUAUAUGUAAGUCUUUAUUUAAACAGAAGAUAAACACAUUAAAAAGCAUCAGAAAACAGAUUAUUCCAAAACAGAACAUGGUUGUUUGGCCCUCUGAGGUCAUUC